AUGGAAAGUAUAAUCGAGGAGCUUGGCACCGCGAGCGGCUUGCUCCAAGUCGCGUUGGACCGCUACCUUCGAGUUUGUUCUGUGAUUCAGAAGUCCUACGUCACGAAACGCGCAAGCAACAUUGUUUCCCAAGAUUUCACGAAUCGACUCAAGAUAGAGGUACAUUCAUUACUCGACUAUGAGUCGAAGUUUCAAGAAGCCAAGGUAGCACUUACCUCGAUUCGGAACUCCGCUUCUCUCGCUCCCGCAAGCAACCUGCCUCCCGAAAUCCUUACUCAAAUCUUUCAGUUCGUUCUCUCUGGAGAACAAUGUUCCAGUCAGGAGAAAGACGAUUAUAGGGAGACUUGGUUCUCUAAAUACCCUGACCGGCUGUCACACGUUUGCUCCCGCUGGCGACGAGUUGCACUUGGUUCACGCUAUCUCUGGACUCACAUUGAUCUCUACACUGAGCCCGCUGUCAACCAACAAAUUCUUCCUCGUGCCAAAGCGUACGCAGAACGGUCCGAUCCACUUCCCCUGUAUCUCCACAUCGAUGAAUCUGCAUACGCAUUCGGUCACGGGCACAUUGGUAAACUGCCCGGACCUUCGGAUAACCCCACGGUUCACGCUAUCCAACUUAUAUCAUCAUUGGCAGCACGCACCAGAACGCUUAGCCUCACCAUCAACGGCGAAUAUUCGGACUUUUACCGAAAAGCACUCAAUAGCUGUCUUAGAAACUGCGUACCUGGAGCGCUGUCUCGACUCGUCGUGCGUGGUGGCGCUGAUGAAGACGGUUGUUGUAGAAUAAUGGCGGCUCGCAACGGGACUAUUGCUAGGCAAUAUCGCGAAGAAUUUUAUAGAGCCGUACUACUGGACAUACCAGAACAAGAACUUGAAGACAUCCUAUUCCGUUUCACUUCUCUCUCGUUCGAUGGCCUUUUUGCUCCUUGGGAAAGCAAAGCAUAUCAUGGUCUGACCGAGCUUCGUUUAACUCAAUGUGAAAUGCCACACUUCGACUCUCAAGAAUGUUUUAUUCCGGAAUCUGCGUUCGUUGAUAUAUUGAAUGGCAGUCCUCGUUUACGGGUCCUGGUAUUUAACCUUUGCCUUAGUGGGCGCAUUCCUGACUCCUCUUCUACUGAGCCCUUAUCGCUGUUAGAUUUAGAUACACUUGCACUUGGAGUACGAGGGGGGAGCUCAAUGGGGCAACUGUUACGAUGGAUCGCGCCUGGUCCAAAGCCGCUUACUGUGUUGAUGGAAUUGAUUCGUGAUGCCGGUUAUCAGAGAGUCUUUGCAAUGGAUCAAAUUAAAGCUUUUCUUAGUCGCUCAAACGUGAAGCGGUUAUCCAUAGCAGGAGCCUACAGCUGCGAUAUGGCCAAACUAUCUGGAAUUACAUCAAAUAUCCCAGAAUUGUCAAUAAACACCGAGAUCGACUGGGAUGAAAUAAUUUGA